GGGGGAGAGGUGGUGUUGAAGGGAAAGGAGGGUAAAGAAAGGCAGGACGGAGCCGGCGAGGCGCGUCGAGGUGAUGGAGCUGCUGAGGACCAUCGCCUACCCGCCGGGCGGCGGCGGCGCUAAGGGCUGCGAGCCGGUGCUGGGCAGACCGGCCCCCGGGGAGGCGCGGAGGAGAAAGGCGGAGGAGCAGCCGCACCAGCACGGCCACCCCGCCGCCGAGGUCUCCCGGAUUAUAACCGACCCUACCACGGGGAAGCGUUACUGCCGCGGCAAGGUGCUCGGAAAGGGUGGAUUUGCCAAAUGUUAUGAGAUGACAGAUUUGACAACAAAUAAAGUUUAUGCUGCAAAAAUCAUUCCUCACAGCCGAGUAGCAAAACCUCAUCAAAGGGAAAAGAUUGAUAAAGAGAUUGAACUGCACAGAAUGCUUAAUCAUAGACAUGUUGUGCAGUUCUACCACUACUUUGAAGACAGAGAGAAUAUUUACAUUCUUCUGGAGUACUGCAGUAGAAGGUCAAUGGCUCACAUCUUAAAAGCAAGGAAGAUAUUGACAGAACCAGAAGUACGAUACUACCUCAGGCAAAUUGUGUCAGGGCUAAAGUAUCUUCAUGAGCAGGAAAUCUUGCACAGGGAUCUGAAACUAGGUAACUUCUUCAUUAAUGAGAACAUGGAACUGAAAGUGGGUGACUUUGGCUUGGCAGCUAGGCUGGAACCACUGGAGCACAGGAGGAGAACAAUAUGUGGCACACCAAAUUACCUUUCCCCAGAAGUCCUCAACAAACAAGGGCAUGGCUGUGAAUCUGACAUCUGGGCCUUAGGCUGUGUAAUGUAUACAAUGCUGUUGGGAAGACCCCCGUUUGAGACCACAAAUCUUAAGGAAACAUACAGAUGUAUAAGGGAAGCAAGAUACAGCCUGCCUUCAUCUCUCUUGGCACCUGCGAAACAUUUAAUAGCUAGCAUGUUGUCAAAAAAUCCUGAAGACCGACCCACUUUAGAUGAAAUAAUUCAACAUGAAUUUUUCUUACAGGGUUUUACACCUGAUAGACUUUCUGCUAGCUGUUGUCACACUGUUCCGGAUUUCCAUUUGACAAGUCCUGCUAAAAAUUUCUUCAAAAAAGCUGCUGCUGCUCUCUUUGGUGGUAAAAAGGAUAAAGCCAGAUACUUUGACACACACAACAGACUAGCUAAAGAAGAUGAAGAAAUCUACAAGCUCAGGCAUGAUUUGAAGAAGACAUCGAUAACCCAGCAGCCCCACAAACACAGAACAGAUGAGGAGAUCCAGCCUCUUAUCACAACAGUCGUGAAGCCAGGAGCCUUACCAGAAACUAAGCAAACUGGAGACUCCAUUCGGAUGAUAGUCAGAGGAACUUUGGGAAGCUGCAGCAGUAGCAGUGAAUGCCUGGAAGACAGUACCAUGGGAAGCGUUGCUGAUACAGUUGCAAGGGUAUUGCGAGGAUGCCUGGAGAACAUGCCAGAAGCAGACAGCAUUCCCAAAGAACAGCUGGCAGCAUCCUUCCAGUGGGUUACAAAAUGGGUGGACUAUUCUAACAAGUAUGGCUUUGGUUACCAGCUGUCAGACCACACUGUUGGUGUCCUUUUCAACAAUGGGGCACAUAUGAGCCUCCUGCCAGACAAAAAGACAGUCCACUACUAUGCUGAGCUAGGCCAGUGCUCUGUGUUCUCAGCCACAGAGGCUCCUGAACAGUUCAUUAGCCAAGUAACUGUACUGAAGUAUUUCUCUCACUACAUGGAAGAGAACCUCAUGGACGGAGGAGAUUUGCCCAGCCUAACAGAUGUACGCAGGCCCAGGCUUUACCUCCUACAGUGGCUUAAAUCUGAUAAAGCAUUAAUGAUGCUCUUCAAUGAUGGCACAUUCCAAGUGAACUUCUAUCAUGAUCACACAAAAGUCAUCAUUUGCAAUCAGAGUGAGGAGUAUCUCCUUACAUACAUCAAUGAAGAGAGAAUAUCUACAACGUUUCGUUUGACAACUCUUCUGGUUUCUGGAUGCUCGUUGGAACUAAAACAGAGAAUGGAAUAUGCUCUGAACAUGCUGCUGCAGCGAUGUAACUGAAGGGACUGACUUGAAGCAAAUGGACCUUUUUUGGUCACUGUGAAGUCUACAGGGGAGAUGGUGGAGCAACCUAGUAUGUUGAUGAUGGAUGUGUGGUGGUACGAAAACUUGACUGUCCUAGUGUGCUGGGCACACCUAUUUAGACAGAAGCCUAAGCCUGCUGUUGGACUAAAAUGGUGUGACAAGGAGUUCUUUGGACCAUAGUUUUCCUUGCUUCAUAUAUGUGUUAGAGAUAUUUUUGAGUUGAACUCUAAGCAGAGUAUGACUGGUUGCUCUGUAAGGGAGCAUUUCUGAUGGAGUUAAACUGUGAAUAUGCAUCUGAAAAGGGAGGUAUGGGGAUAGCUCCAUUGUUAUGGAAUAGCUGUAAUAAGCAGCUUCUGGCUGCUUAACUGUGAACUAUGGCCAUACUUUUUUUUUUUCUUAUUUUUCAAAAAUGCCCACACUUGUGGCUGGUAAAGUGCAUUCCUUGUUAAUAUUUUUUUUAUUUAUUACAGCCUAAAGUGAAGUAUUUAUUACAUAACACUUUUUUUGGACUGUGGCAUUUUAAAAAAUAAAUCUGUUGGCAAUAAAGAGAACAAACCUGAA